AUGUCUCCUAUCGCCCACGAGCCAGAGUUCCAACAAGCCUACGAGGAGGUUGUCAACUCCCUAAAGGACUCCACCUUGUUCGACAAGCAGCCUAAGUACCAGAAGGUCCUGCCAAUCGUCUCUGUUCCUGAGAGAAUCAUCCAGUUCAGAGUCACCUGGGAGAACGACAAGGGUGCGCAGGAAGUCGCCACCGGUUACAGAGUGCAGUACAACUCCGCCAAGGGCCCAUACAAGGGCGGUUUGCGUUUCCACCCAACCGUCAACUUGUCUAUCUUGAAGUUCUUGGGCUUCGAGCAGAUCUUCAAGAACGCCUUGACCGGCCAAGCCCUAGGUGGUGGUAAGGGUGGUCUGUGUGUCGACCUAAAGGGCAGAUCCGACAACGAGAUCAGAAGAAUCUGCUACUCUUUCAUGAGAGAGCUGAGCAGACACAUCGGUCAGGACACUGACGUGCCAGCUGGUGACAUCGGCGUGGGUGGCCGUGAGGUCGGCUUCCUGUUCGGUGCCUACAAGUCUUACAAGAACUCCUGGGAAGGUGUCUUGACCGGUAAGGGCCUAAACUGGGGUGGUUCUUUGAUCAGACCAGAGGCCACUGGUUACGGUUUGGUCUACUACACCCAGGCUAUGAUUGACUUCGCCACCAAGGGUAAGGAGUCUUUCGCCGGUAAGCGUGUUGCCAUCUCCGGUUCCGGUAACGUUGCCCAGUACGCUGCUUUGAAGGUUAUCGAGCUCGGCGGUACCGUCGUCUCUCUGUCCGACUCCAAGGGCUCCAUCAUUGCUCAAAACGGUAUCACUGCUGAGCAGGUUGAGGCCAUCACUGAGGCCAAGGUCCAGUUCAAGACCCUAGAGCAGAUCAUCGGCGAGUACUCUGCCUUCUCCAACAACAAGAUCAAGUACCUUGCCGGCGCCCGCCCAUGGGUCCACGUUGGUGAAGUCGACGUUGCUCUGCCAUGUGCCACUCAGAACGAAGUUUCCGGUGACGAGGCCAAGGCCUUGGUCGCCGCUGGUGUCAAGUUCGUUGCCGAGGGUUCUAACAUGGGUUGCACCGCCGAGGCUGCUCACAUCUUCGAAGGCGAGCGUCUGUCCGCCAAGUCUGCUUCCGAACCUGCCGUCUGGUACGCUCCUGGUAAGGCCUCUAACAUGGGUGGUGUCGCUGUUUCCGGUCUAGAGAUGGCCCAGAACUCCCAGAGAAUGUCCUGGAGCAGAGAGCAAGUCGACCAAGAGCUGAAGAAGAUCAUGGUCAACUGUUUCAACGACUGUUUGUCCACUGCCCGUGAGUACACUAACGAGGACAACGCUGAGGCCCUCCCAUCUUUGAUCAAGGGUGCUAACUUGGUUGGUUUCAUCAGAGUCGCUGACGCUAUGUUCGACCAGGGUGACGUCUGGGCUUAA